AGCUUCAUCGAGAGAUGGAAUCGACUGGGCCAUGCAAUGCAAUGGAGUUUUACUGAGUUACUAGCGAAGCACUUGCGCUUUGCACCUGCUCGAGGAGAGACACUGAAACAUAACAGUCCAAUAAAUUACUUCCCUGUUGUGGCACAGUCCUCUCCCUCUUCUUCCCUGUUGUGGCAUUCCCAGCUUCAUUAAAUGACCAACCUCUUAAGACAGCAGCAGCAGCAGUAGCAGCAGCCCUUUCUUUACCAGCUAAAGCCACUCGAUUUCCCCCCUCCUUGCCGCGCCUAUCGAUAUGGCCACCACCAGCUUCCCCAACCUCUUCCUGCACCUCCUCCUCUGCCUCUCCUCGCUUGCCGCGGCCUCCGCCCGCGUCCCCGCCGUCAUCGUCUUCGGCGACUCCACCGUCGACGCCGGCAACAACAACCAGAUCAAGACGGUCCUCAAGAGCAACUUCCUCCCCUACGGGCGCGACUUCACCGGCGGCCUCCCCACCGGUCGCUUCUGCAACGGCCGUCUCGCCACCGACUUCAUAUCGGAGGCCUUCGGCCUCCCGCCGCUUGUUCCCGCGUACCUCGACCCGGCCUACACCAUCCGAGACUUCGCCAAGGGAGUUUGCUUCGCCUCCGCCGGCACCGGCCUCGACAAUGCCACCUCCGACGUGCUAUCUGUGAUACCAUUGUGGAAGGAGGUGGAGUACUUCAAGGAGUAUCAGAAGAAGCUAAGAAGACACGUGGGGAAGGCACGGGCGAGGAACAUCGUAAGGGAGGCAGUGUACGUCGUGAGCAUAGGCACCAAUGACUUCCUGGAGAACUACUUCUUGUUGGUGACGGGGAGGUUCAAACAGUUCACCGUGGAGGAGUUCGAGGAUUUCCUGAUCGACCGCGCCGCCGACUUCCUCACCGCCAUCUACAGGAUGGGCGCCCGCAAGAUAUCCUUCACCGGACUCAGCGCCAUCGGCUGCUUGCCGUUGGAGAGAACCACCAACGCCCUCCAAGGUGGUGGCUGCAUCGAGGAGUACAACAAGGUGGCCAGGGACUUCAACGUGAAGCUGCAGGCGUUGAUCGCCCGGCUGUGCGCGUCCUUGCCCGGGCUGAAGCUGAGAUACUCUCCCGUCUACGACAGCUUGCUUCGCAUCAUUCGUAGCCCUUCUUCCUACGGGAUCGAGAAUGUGGAGGAGGGGUGCUGUGCCACAGGGAAGUUCGAGAUGGGGUUUCUGUGUGACCAGUGGAGUCCAUGCACAUGUGAAGAUGCGAACAAGUACAUCUUCUGGGACGCGUUCCACCCCACGGAGAAGAUAAACCGUAUGAUGGCGAAGCAGGCACUGAGGACUAGCUUGGCCGAGUUCCUAUGAAGGCCCUCUUUCUUUCUGGUUUGGUUCGACAUGGAAAUGUAUACGAGUACAAUCGUUCCUUCACCUACAUUUAUAUAUCAUUCAUCAACCUGGAAUCACAUUCUUCCGGUA